UGCGUAGUUUUCAAGAUGGCGCACCGGUUUCGAGCAAAAACUGGAUUUUUGUCUCCGUUUGUUACCGAAAAAUACUUUAACAAAAUAGCAAGGCGUGUUUUAAAUAUACCUUGGUCUACAAAGGAUACCUCAAAGGGGUCUGCUGAAGCCAGUUACGAAGAAAGGAAGAAAAAGCAAAUCACUACACAAGUUACUCCAGAACUCUGGUUCAAGCAGGAUGCUUCUCAAGUCCAGGUAGAUUCCAUUUACAAAACUUUACCAAAUGCCAAAAAAGCAUUGCUAAGAGAGACUCCUGAACCAAGGUUCUUGUGGAAGGAAUGUGAUCAAACACAACAGGAAUUUCCUUCCACUCCAGAAGAAGUAGGAGUAGAUGUUAUGACAUAUUUAGAACAGAGGGAUUGUUAUGAAAGAAUCAAAAGACUACAAGUCCCAGAAUUCUGUGUGGGCAGUAUAGUAGCAGUUACUCGUGCUGAUCCAUAUGUACCUCGUGGUAAAGUGAGAUUCGUAGGACUUUGCAUGGCCAAGAACCACUGGCAGAACACACUGGGUGCAACAUUUACUCUGCGUAAUGUAAUUGAUGGAGAGCCAAUGGAAGUAAACUUCCAACUUUACUCACCAAAUAUCCAAAAAAUAGAAGUACUUAAACAUGAGAAACGAGACAAAGCAGCACUCUGGUACCUAAGAGACUAUCCUCCUAAUAAUAGCUCCAUAAAUGAGACUAUGGAAGCCCUACCUUAUACUACAGAACCAUCAACGUUUGUUCAGUCUAAAGAGGAAAGUGCAAAGAUUGAAAAAUGGUUUGAUCAAGUGAGAAAGAAGAAAAAGCGAAGAUGAUGUUAAUAUCAUUAAAUACUACCAAUCCCACCCAACCAUAYACAUAAAAAUUGGCGACCAAUUUGAAUAACUAUUAUUCUGCAUUGUUGUGUUUGUACGCAAACACAAGGCUAGUCAGUCACUAGUCAGUGCAGAAUAAUAUUUAUUCCAAUUAGUUGCCAUAUUUCGAUUAAAUUAUGGUCAUACUAGAAAAGUCAUGUCCCACUCUAAAACAUUUUGAGAUGAAUGCUCUUCAUGGGUGAGAGAUUAUCAUUGGUAGCAUGCUUUUUCUUACAUUGAUGUGGUUCAGAAGAUUUUAAUACUCAUUGUCUUGUCAAUUUGGCUUGUUAUGGUUCUGCCUAGCAGAGGCGAAGCCACUAUGUCAUUGUUAAGUGAGUAAGUCUCUAACGCCACAGGAAGCCCAAAAUUUCUCAAUCCAUAAACUUUGGAAAUAAAGCUGUACUCCUAUCAAAUAA